AUGAUUCGUUUAGAAAGUGGGCGUCUAAAACUCCAUAUUAAUCUCGGGGCUGGGGAGAGUGAACUUUCAUCACCGAAAAGCAUUUUUUUAAAUGACACACAAUGGCAUCAUGUCAGUAUUAUAAGACGAGAAGCUAAUCUUACAAUGAAGGUUGAUGACAGUAUGGUUAAAAAACGUCUGCCUGGAAGAUUUUUUGAGUUGAAUAUUCACUUUGGAAUAUUCUUAGGUGGUCAAGGUGACUUCUCAGAGUUGUUUCUUGGGCAUAUGGAAAACUUCCGUGGCUGCAUGGAAGAUGUAUACUAUAACGGCGUUAAAAUAAUAGACAAGGCACGUAGCCGCAGUGGCUCAGUGCAUGUAGAGGGCGUCACUUGGAACUGUGCUGCGGAGUUCGACGCUGACAUUAGUUCCGACAUAAGUUUCGUCGACGAGGGGGCCUAUUUGAUAUUGCAUAGGAUAAGUUCGCGGGCAGGCGGGAGGUGGCAGCUGGAGUUCAAGACCAUCAGCCAGAACGCGAUGGUGCUUUACAACGCUGGUGGGGGGCGGGGCUCCGACUUCCUCGCCGUAGAGAUCCUAGAUGGGGUGGUGCGGGUGAAGACCGCUAAGGGCCAGAUCGUGCACACCGCGACGGUCAACGACGGCCGCUGGCACAAGAUGCACCUACUCUUCAACCCGUCCCUCAUAGAGUUAUCAGUGGACAACAUCGCUAUGAGCACUCGAAUAGAGAGCGGUGGUACGCGAUACCUCGAUCUCUCCGACUCUUUCUAUCUCGGUGGAAUAGAGAGUGAGAAGCGACAGAGAGCAUUCGCCAAGGGGAUCGAAGCUGCCGACUCUAGCAUAAUGGGCUGCGUCAGGCCGGUGGAGGUGGACGACAAGAUGUACGGGCUGCCCAACGCGCUGGUGACGUACGGCGUCAGCCCCAAGUGCGUGUGGUGGUACCCGUGCGUCGCCAACCCUGCCAACCCGCCGUGCCUGCCGAGCGCCACCUGCGAGCAACACGGCCUGGACCACUUCACGUGCCGGUGCGACUCCGAGCUCUGCAUCAGCCCCGACUACGCCGAGAAGUACAAGGUGUUCUCCAAGUCGAGCAGCGAACUGGAGCUGGUCUCCCUCUACCCGCUGACGGUGCAGGAGGGCGGGGUCGCGGUCAUCACCACUCAGAACAUCGACGUGGUGUUGGACCACCACAAGUAUGGGGUCCGGCCCUCGGGCGUGGUGCUCCACGUUGCCCAGCCGCCGUUGCACGGCCGCAUAGCGGUGGACCUAUCGCUGCAGAGGAACCUCCCCCAAUACGCAAACUAUGUCGACAGCGAGGGGAAGUCGAGGCAGUUCUUCACACUAAUGGACCUGGCCAGGGACAAGGUGCGCUACGUGCACGACGGCUCCGAGAAGCACCAGGACGCGAUAGUGCUCGAGAUGGAGCUGGUGCCGGAGGCGAGGUUCACGCUGCCCAGCUACCUGCAGGGGCGCAACACCUUCGCGCUCCACGUGAACGUGACGCCGGUGAACGACGCGCCCGUCCUGAACCUGCCGCCCGGCAAGGUGCUGAGGCUCACGCAGGGCACCCGUAAAGUGAUAACAUCGGACAUCUUGAAGGCGGAAGACCCUGACACCGCGCCAGAAGAUCUGCUAUACACCGUCCUACACGGAAAAAACGAAGCUAACGGCGGGCACAUCGAGAUGUCGGGGCAGCCGGUGGACUCCUUUACUCAGGCGGACGUCGACGCCGGCGUCAUAUCUUACGUCCACGGCUUCGGCGGCGACAAGCAGCUGAACAAGACCUCGUUGCGGCUCACGUUGCAGGUGUCGGACGGCAUCGAGACGAGCGCGGCGAGCGUGCUGCGCGUCUCCAUUGUGCCGCUUCAAGUCCGUUUAGUGAACAACACCGGCCUACAGCUAGUCCACAACUCGUACGCGAUAAUGUCCGCCGACAACCUCACGUUCGCCACUAACGCCGACGAGAGCAACGCCCAUGUGCGAUACGAUAUCGUGAAGCCGCCACAAUUCGGUGUGGUGGAGAGACUGAGAGUCCUGGACGGCACUUGGCAGACGGUCGACUCCUUCACCAGCGACAUGGUCAACUUUGGCCGCGUCCGGUACAUGCAUCUGUUGGGCAACCCGGCUCAUGACGAGUUUAAGUUCAAGGCAUCCGUGGGCGCGAUACGAACGAACAUCCUCUACGAUUUCCGUCUGACCUUCAUCAAGCUGGAGCUGUACCAGUGCACAAACGAGGAGCUGGUCUUGAACAACACGAGGGAGGCGUUCGUGUCUUCGCAGCACCUGCGUUUCCAGACCAGACCGCUGCCCCUGCCCGGCGACAGCAUCGUCUACACGGUCCUGAAGCCGCCGAAGUACGGCAUCCUGCACCUGUCCUCCGGGAAGCACCAUUUGCAGGCGUUCGGCACGUUCACCCAGCGGGACGUAGACACGGACCAGCUCUGGUACCGGCUGCACAGGCGCACGUACUCGCACGUACACGACGAGUUCUCGUUCGUCGUCGGUGCGACGGAAUGCGAGAACGUCACCGGCGUGAUGACCGUCCGCCACACGCCGAGCCACUUCACCGUCGACCACGCCCCCGGCAGGGCCCACUCGACCCUGGAGCGGCUGCAGGUGAUGGAGGGCUCCCGCAUGUCGAUACCGGCCAGCCACCUCGACUUCCGAACGGACACCGUCACCAACCUGCUGUUCAACAUAACCCACCUGCCGAGGCACGGCAAGAUCGACGUGAUCAGCGACAACCUCAAAGUGGUGCGCGACAACACCACUUACUUCACGCUGCAAGAGCUGAACUCCGACAGAGUCUACUACGCCCACGACGACACGGAGAGCAGACACGACUCCUUCCACUUCAUGGCGCUCAGCCCGGAACCGGAGGACUUCCAGUACGUUGGCGUUUUCCACAUAGACAUCGUGCUGAAGAACGACAACAGCCCAGUGCGCGCGGAGGAGAGGACCUUCCACGUGGUGAACGGCGGCGCGAGGAUCAUCACGUCGAGGGACCUGAGCUACACGGACACCGAUCUGGACACCCGACCCUCGGACAUCAUCUACACGGUGCAGAGGUUCACGAAGGACCCACCCAACGGCGGCAUAUACAGGGCGGACAACCCCACGGAGCAGAUCGCCCAGUUCUCCCAGGACGACAUCAACAAGAACCUGGUGCUGUUCAAGCAUCAGGGCAAGGAGUACGGCAAGAUGGCCUUCUGGAUAUCCGAUGGACUGUUCGACGUGAACGGCAACCUCGAAAUCCAGGCAUCGCCGCCCUUCAUAAGGAUGUACCCAACGAACGGGUCCAUAGUGGAGAACGGCAAGGCCGUCGUCAUCACCGCCAGGGACAUGCAGGUCGACACCAACAUGAACUGCCUGGAGGAGGAUAUCGUUUACGCGGUGACGCAGCCGCCGAAGCACGGCGCCGUCGAGGUGGGCGAGGGCGUGGGCGCCACCGGCUUCUCGCAGCUGGACGUGGCCGCCGGCCGGGUGGCGUACCGGCACCGCGAGCCGCACGUGCCGAGCGACCGCUUCAGGUUCAAAGUUAUGUGCCUGGAAACUUGGGGCGAGGGCACGUAUCCUAUAAAGAUAUUCCCUUCAAGUUACUGGGAGCCCUUAAAGGUGACCACAAACAAGCCGCUCCUGGUUGAGGAGUCCACCAGCGUCAAUAUUACUAAGGACAUCUUGGAGGUGAUGCACCCGCAAAUCGAGCCGUCUAACAUCGUGUACCGCGUCACCGACGGCCCGCGCUACGGCUGGCUGGAGGUGACGCCCGCCCCUGGCGCGGUGGACUUGGACGUAGAGGGCGCUGGGGAGCCGGCGCACGCGCAACUCUUCGACCAGGCGACGAUCGACGCCCACCGGCUCGUCUACGUGCAGUCCGGCGUGAACCGCACCCGCGACCGGAUCACGAUGGACGUCACCAACGGGAUCGCGUGGCUGCGCGGCGUAGAGCUCGCCGUGCUGAUAAUACCGGAGCGGUUCUACGUGGAGGCGGCGCCCGCGGCGGUCGUGGAGGGCGCCGCGGUCAGCCUGAGGCCGGACGCGUUCCGCACCGUGACCGAGUACUACCGCGGCAAGGUGGUCUCGUACAGGGUGGUCGAGGGGCCCAAGUACGGCCGGGUCGUGAUGGGCGGCCGCGAGAUGGAGCUGUUGCCGGUGCUGACGCUGAACACGGGCGACGUGCAGUACGUGAACGACGGCUCCGAGGAGCCUUUGGACUUCAUCAAGCUGGUGGCGAUAACGGAGGGCGGCAAGGUGAGCGAGCCGUUCGUGAUGACGGUGAACGUGGCGCCGGUGAACGACGAGACGCCGAUAGUGGCCGCCAACACGGGCCUCUGCGUGUGGGAGGGCGGCACCUUCACGUUCACCAGGAACGAGCUCUAUGUGAACGACAUCGACACACCUCUGGAGAACGUGACGAUCCGCGUGCUGGACAUCGUGUCCGGGUACAUCGCCAUGAAGGGCGACCUGGACACACCUGUGCACCGUUUCACGCAGGCCGACAUCGACCUUGGCAACGUGAUAUUCGUGCAUACAAACGGAACCAAAGGGAAAAUGAUCUUCAACGUCACCGACGGCCUGCACGAGCUCUCGAAAAUCACGUUCCUCAUAUCCACCAAGUCGGUAUCGCUGAAACUGGUGAGGCAGCACAAACUUCGCGUGUUCCCGCUCAUGCGGGAGCCCCUGAACAACUACUUCCUAAUGGCCAAGUGCUCGGACCCCACCAGGACGAUCGUUUACAAGGUGGAGCGCGCCCCCACCCUCGGGCGGCUGGUGAUGAUCAACGGCGACAACCACCACCGCCCCAUCAAGCUGUUCACCCAGCGGGACGUGAACAACACCCUCGUUUACUACGAGCACACGCACCCCUUCUCCGAUCUGUACACGAACGACUCGUUCGUGUUCACUGUUGAGGCGGCCUUGGCGAAACCGCUCACUGGGCAGACUUUCAACGUGGAGAUCUCCGUCUCCUCCGGCGGCCUCUCGAAGUACGUGCACGUGCCGCAGAUCAGGGUGCAGGAGGGCGACAAGGUGCCCUUGGUGGUGAACGUGACCAACGUAAUAGGGUACCUGGAGACGCAGGCGGGCGUUAGGCAGCCGCAGCUCGAGGGCCAGUGGUCGCAGCCGGCCCACGGGAAGCUGGAGCCGCCGGUGACGUCACUCACGCAAGCGCAACUCGAAUCCGGCGCGGUGAGCUACGAGCACGACGGCUCCGACACCGCCGCGGACAAGAUAGACAUGGCGCUCUACCUCCUGCCCGACUACGUGCUCCUGUGCAACGUGACCAUACCGAUAACCGUCCAGCCGGUCAACGAUCAGCCGUUCCGGCUGCUGACCGACUCGCCCCAGAUACAGGUGGUGCAGGGGGAGAACUACACCAUCACCCGGGGCGACCUGCUCACCGAGGACGCCGACACGGAGCCGGCCGGAAUACUGUACGACAUCAUCAGCGGCCCCACCCAGGGCAGGAUCGUGAUGCUGGACAGCAAUCGCACGGCGGACGAGGCGCGCUCUGUGAACAAGUUCACGCAGCGCGACGUGGACGAUGGCCGCGUGGUGUACGAGCACUCGGGCGUUUUGCAGACGGCCACGUUCUACUUCCGCGUGUGGGACGGCCAGUUCAAGCCCACCUACACCGUGUUCACCAUCGACGUGGUGCCCGUCGUGCUGAACGCCACCUCGCUCCACCCGAUCCACCUGCAGCAGGGCUCGAACGUGGCCACCGUGGCCACGGACCAGAUCCACGUGGAGACCAACGCGAAGAAGUCGAAAGUGUGGUACAACGUCACGCGCCAACCGCUCCACGGGCUGAUAUACGUCGGCCGGAGCCCCGUUACCUACUUCUCCCACAAGGACAUCACGGACAAGGUCGUGAUAUACAUGCAGAACGACAUGACGGCCGCCAACGACAGCUUCGAGCUGAUCGCGUACGCGCACAACAGCAACUCGACGAUGCCGUUCACCAUAGAUGUGGUCGUGCAGCCCCUCAUGGUGCUCGGCGACCUGAAGGUGGACGGCGAUAAGGCCAAGCUCACCCUGAACAGCGUGGACGCGACCGAACUGGCCAAACUAACGGCCAGCGAUCCGGUGUACACGAUCAUGAGGCGGCCGAAGCACGGCACGAUAAAGAAGAUCAUCAGGAGCUCGGGGGAGAAGACCAGCGCCAGGGAGCGCGAGGUGGCCUACUUCACCCACGAGGACGUCAAGGCCGGCGUGAUCUACUACGUCAUUAAGAGGAAGCCGAGCGAGCUGAACGGCUACGAGGACGUGUUCCGCUUCCUCCUCGCCGCCUCGAUAUUCCAGCCGGCCGCGGGCGAAGUCAAGGUCUUCAUCGGGAACAGGUCCAAGAAGAAUUUGCCGGGGCCCAACGAUCCCGCAGGCCACGAAGGUGUCCCGGUGAGCAACGAUGACUCGACCUCGUACUACGUGACUAUAGUGAUGGCGAUCGCGGGCGUGGUGCUUGCGGCGGUGUUCAUAGCGGGGCUGCUGAGGUGCAGACGCUACUUGGCGCGGGAUGGGGACGCCCUGGUGAAGAUCCACGGGCAGGGGCAGGGCGCGGUCGCCCCCAUUCCCCUGCCGCGGCCGCCCGAGCACCUCAUGCCCUCCCCCACCCAAGCCACGCCGCCAAUAAAGCGGUACGCAUCGACGGCCACUCGACACAUCAGCGAUUCUUUCGCUUCAAAGACGUCGAGUGUAACCUCGCAGUUGCAAAGAUACGUGCCGUCGGAGCAGUCUUUGACCACCGGUGCCAGCACACCGCUGCCGUCCGCUGGCAGCGUGGCGUGCAAAGUGACCCCGCUGCCUGACGCGCCGCCGGACCUCAACGCCAGAUACCCGUAUGGCGCAGACGCGGAGGAAUGGAGCAGCUACGAGGCGAGCGAGUCGGCGGCGCGCGUGCCCGUGGCGGCGGCCGCCGAGAGAUGCGUCUCUCUGCACCGGAGGGAUCAGCGGCGGCGCAUCGAACUAGUUCCUACGCCUUUUCUACUGAGCAACUACGGGGUCAAGAAACACGUGACCUGCGAGGUCACCGUU